AUGCUUUGUGCUGUCCAAGACUGCGCUAUGGGUGAGGUCAUGAUGAUUGCGAAAAAGAGUGGUGUGGACAUGAAGCUGCUCUUCGACGCCAUGCGCAUCUCUUCGGGGAACUCCUUCUGCUGGGAGACGGAAUUUGCGCGCGUUGCGGACGGAUCCUACUGCCCGGACUUUACUGCCGAGAUGAUGGCGAAGGACAUCCAGCUUGGCCAAGGUUUGGCCGCAAAGCACGGCGUGCCCAUGCUGAUGCAUGGCCAAGUCGCGCAAGUCUACGAGAUGUGCAUGGCCAAGUAUGGCCGGGACUCUGGCUCCACCAUUCCGGUGAAGCUGGUUGAGGAUGCCUGUCAGACGCCUCUGGCCGACGAGAAGCUCCGGGAAACCUUUAAGGAUUGGACGUACACCACAGAGCAACUCGGCUUGUUCUGCGCGGUACCAGCUGACUUGCAGCCGGAGGUUAAAUAA